AUGAACGUGCUCUAUAUGGCACAUCCUAAUUACCUACCCCCAAAAGAAUCGUUGAAAAUUCAAUGUUCAGAAAAUGAAGCAAUUAAAUGUAUAAAAAAUUUUCCGACACAAAAGGGACAAAUUUUUCAAAAGAAAAAACCAAAUUCGAAUUUGAAUAACUUGAGUUAUAUAGAAAGGAAUAAGUAUGAUGCAAAAGACAAUGAAAAAGAACGUGGAUAUACUGAAAACAAAUUAAAGAGUGAUGAUAACAAUAAUAUUAAGACUAGUGAAAAUCACAAUGAUAUGAUAUCCUAUGAUAUUCUAUUUCAAUCAUAUGCAAACUCAACUAAUGAAAAAAAGAUCGAUUACACUAAAAAAAAAAGAAAUGAACCCAUUAAUAUUACUAUCAAUAUGUGCAAAAAAAAACAAAAGGUUAACAAUUGUAAUAAUAAAAAUUUUGUAAAAAGCCAAUAUGAAAAUGUGAAUCAAAAUUGCAAAGAAAAAAAUAAUACACAGAAUUAUAAAACAAAUAUAAAAAAAAAUGAAACAUUACAACAUACCAAUGGAUUAUACACUUGGAAUGAAGUUAAAAAAAAUGAAAAUUUGUCUUUAGUCAAUAAUAUUGAUAAUUUCAAAUCGGUUUUAGCUUAUAAUAGUAAACCAAUUGAUGAGAAAAUUCUGAAUAAUAUAAAUAAAACUGAUGAAAAUGUAUUCCCAAAGGUUAAUAAAAAUUAUAGUGAUUCAGGUUAUAAUAGUAGCAGCAAUAGUAGUAAUCCAAAUAUUGCGAAAUAUUUUAUAGAAGAUACAACUUUGAAAGAAAAAAUAAAUAUAUGCAAUAAAAAUGAAAAUAUAUUUUUAGAUAUAAAAAAUUUAACAUAUAAGGAUUAUUUAGAGGAAAGCACAAGUAGGUCUACAAGCCAAAGUAAUAGAAGCAGUAAAACUGAUGGAGAAAAUAUAAACAUUUGUUCGAGCAAUUAUGAUUUUAAAGACAUAUCAUGUGAAAGUAGUUACAAAGAUGAAGAUAUAAUAAGCAGAGUAAAUUUAGAUAUACCAGAUAUUAUAGAUGAUGUUAAAAUAACGAAAAUGCAUAAUGGCAAAAAAAAAGUUGAAAAAAGAAAGGAUGAUCAUAAUGAUAUUAGAAAUGAUAUGAUUAAGGACAAUAAAUUGAAAGAAAAAAAAAUGAACAUAAAAAAAAUUAUCGACAGGAAUGUAUUAACUAACUUUAUCGAAUGUGUCAACAAGCAAACAAAUGGUACUGAGUUUAUUCCAUUUAGAAAAAUUUCAAAAGAAAACCAAAAUAACAAACAAAUUAAAAAAAAUGAAAAUUCCCAAAAUAUCACAAACAUAUUACAUAAAAAAGUUUCUCAAAUUAAUAAACUGGAAGGAAAUCCAAACACUAUAAACACCCAUGUUGAAAAAAAGGAUAUACAAAAUAAAUUCAUGAUAAACAAAGACAUAUCAUAUAUUAAUAAAUAUAAAAAGGCUUUAUUACCAAUAAACAAAAAUGAGUAUAUGCUUCAUAUACCUUUACCUUCUCAAAAUGGGUAUAAAAAUGAGAUUCUACAACCAUGCCAAAACAAAUAUAUAGCUACUAAUAGAAAUGCCAUCCCAAAAAUAGAAAAAAAACAAGUAGACAAAAAAGUUAAUUAUAAUGAUCGUGAUUUUCAAAAGAUCAAAUUAAAAAGUAUUUUAUCAUCACAUAAUAAUUAUGAAAGGUAUAAUAAUAAAGUUGAAGAGAAACAUAAUGAAAAAAUAAUUAUAAACAAAUCGAAAAAUGAGGAAAGUAUAAAUGCCUUGGAAAAGCCAUACAAAAAUUGUAUGCCAUCACAACUUUGUGGAAAUAAAAAUAAUCAAAAUGAGGGUACAAAAACAGGGGUAAAUUUAUUACGAACAAAUAUCUCAAAUAAAAAAUAUGCGCCUCAUAAUAAAGAAAUUUCUCAUCAUGAAAAAUUAAAAAGACAAUAUAAUAAAAUAAAUUCAAUAAAUAUUACUAGCCAAAAAAAUGGAACCAUAAAUAAAAAUUCUAAAAAUUUACCAAACUGUAAUAAAGAUCAAAACUAUGAUAUCCCAAAAAUUGAUAAUAACAACAUGCCCACAAUAAGUGAUGAUAAUAUUUCGAAUAAUUUUAAAGAAAACUAUGAAUAUUUAAAAAAUUAUUUUUACAAAUUAAAUAAAACAAAUACAAGUAUAAAUGAUUAUUUUCUUAAUCUUUUCUGUUACACAUUUAUGAAAAAAAAGAAUCAGAUGAUGAAUUCUAAACCGAGCACUGAAGAUUGGGCUAAUAAUAUACUACACAAUUUUAACAGUAAAGAAAAUACUACUACCAUUCUUAAACAAAGUGAUAUAUCUUAUUCAAAUAGAUACACAAAAAAAGAGCAAGAUAAAUCAAAAAUUGAUAAGCAUGAUAAUAAUUCUAUUUGCAUGAACAAACCAAUGAAAGAUACACAUAAUUUACUAAAAAAUGAAAACUUAUACAAGCAUAAUAAUCCAAUUGAUAAUAAAAAUAAAAAUUCAGAAAAUAAUCACAAUGUUGUGGAGGUACAUCAGAACAGCUUACCUUAUUGUAGAGACACUAAAAAAAAAGACACAAUUAAUAACCCCGUUUGUAAAAACACAAAUAAAAACGAUAGUAUAGGGAAAAACAAUAAUAGUCCUUCUAAUAUAGAGAAUAGUGAGAUAAAAAAUAUUUUAUACAGCUUUUACAAUUAUUUGAAACUAAAGGAUUAUAUUAUUCCUCAUAAUAUUUAUAAUAAUUCUGAUAAAAGGGACAUGAAUGAAAAUAAUAGAAACAAUAAUAAGACUGAUAAUUGCAAAAAAAGUUAUAAUGCUAAAGAAAAUCACGAUUUUAUAAAUAUUUCUUACAAUUUUAUAGAUGAGCACAAAAACUUAAAUAAUAACAUAAGAUACGACAAUUUUUGCAACUAUCACAAAAGAGAGUUAAAUAGUGAUGAUAAUAAAAAUAAGAAUGCUCCCAAAGAACAGAAUAACUGUGACUUAGCAAGAAAUUGUAUGGAUAUUUCCAAAACUACAAACAAAGAUAUACGCAAUAAUUGUUAUCUUCAUUGUUCUAACCAUUUAAAUGAAUGUUUUAGUAAAGGGGGAAAUGCCAAUUGUUUUGAUGGAUGCCCUCAUAGUUUCAAUAAAAAAAAUGGGGACAAAAAAUUCAAUUACAUUUUCAAAGACAAUAAAGUAAACUUUAGCAAUGGGGCAUAUUUUUACUUAUUAAAAAAUAUAAUAGAAAAUUUAGACAGAGAAGAAUUACAGAAAUUAAUGAUUUGCCAAACUUGUUACAUAUUAAAAAAAAUAAAAAAUAAGAUAACUCCUAUUGAUGUUAUUUUAGAUGCACAAAUUUUAUUUUAUGACUGUAAUAGUUAUUUCAAAAAAAAAGGAUGGAUAGAUGAUACCACUUCUAAAGAAAAUAAAACUGAAACCAGUGAAAAAUUCACCAAAAAUGCUUUCACAAAUUAUAAUGAAAAAUAUAAAAAUAACGGAAAUUUAUACUAUUCUAAUUAUCAGAGGAAUGAGUUACAUAAAGGAAAAAAUAAUGUAUCUUCUGUCAACCCUAAUAAUGAUACAGUUGAUCAUUUAAAUAUGUCCAACAGUGUGCAGAUGAUUUAUCAACAUCACCGUGAGAACAGCGAUAAUAUCCAAAGCGAUACAGUUUCUCUAGAAAACGGUGGAGAUGCUACAGCUGCUACUACUACAUAUAUUACUCCUACUAAAAAAAAUAUACAAUUCUAUAAUAUUGGAAACCGUGAAAUUUCGAGGACGUCUACUACAACCUCUAUUAGCCAUAAAAUGAGUGUCAACCAUUUAAAACGUGACGAAAUAAAUGCAAAAGAUAAUCCAAAUAUGGAUGAUAAUAAAUAUAUAAAUUCCGAACUAAAUCACAGUUUUAUUUAA